AUGUCCUCCGGCGGCAAGUCCCUCGACGUCGGCCGCAGGGCGCCCCAGGCCCCGUGCAGAGCGCGGUCCCAGAGCGGCCGGUCGCGCCGGGCGAGCACUGGCGGCGGCUGCAUCGACAGCAAGGUCACCGACCUCAGCCAGAUCACGCGCACGGGCCUGAGGUCCGGGAGCACGUACAUGUCCUCGGCGGGCCGGCCGCUGUCCGCGAAACCGCCCUCGCUGAAGCAGGCGGACACAAACAGCAACGUGAACGACCUGAGCCAGAUCAUGCGACCCCACCUCAGGUCCGGGAGCACCUACAUGUCCUCCGCGGGGCGCGCGCUGUCGCCGAACCUGCCCGAGAGGCGACACGGCAGGCUGUACUCUGGGCAGGAUGACGCCGCGGUCAACGACCUGAGCCAGAUCAUGCGCCCCCAUCUGAGGUCUGGCACCACCUUCGUGUCGUCCAAGGGCUCUCCCCUCCACGCCGCCUACGCGGGGUCGACGCACCUCUACGACUCCAGCACCUCGUACUCGGUCCGCUCGUGCUGA